AUGAAUGAUACCAUUGGUGAGCUGGAGAGUAAGCUUGAUGAGCUAACUCGCAUCAAGGUUUUUGACGAUGAUGUGAGAAGCGGUGUGGAUAGUCUCCUUGAGUCUAUGCCGAACCCUGAUGAGGAACGAGACCCCGAUAGGCGGAUUCGUCUGCUUGUGCUGCGGUGCAAGGCGUUAACGCUGCUUCCUGUCUUUUCCAUGGAGGCAGAGCGCGACUGUAGUGCUGCGCUGAAGUUGCGUCACGACCGACCGGAUUUGUGGGUGCUGCUGAGCGAGUGUCUUGCGCGGCGGCGGGCGACGCGUGAGGCCUGUGACGCGCUGGAUCACGCCCUGCGCCUGGACGCUGCCAACGUGGAGGCGCUCUGCCAAUACAGCCGGCUGUUGCGUGGACUGUCGGCCGAUCCCCAGGUCCCGGCGGGGGAGCGGCAGCGGCAUCUCCUCGAGGCGGUGGCCCGCGGGAAGGCGGCGGCGUCGGCGGCCCCCGGCUGCGCGGAUGGGUGGCACUCGUACGCCAUCGCGCUGCUCUCCGCGGCCCUCGCCGACGGCGUUGAUCUCGCCGGUGUGCGGCGGGCGGCCCUUGCGAUGCGACAGGCAGCGACCCUCGCCAGCAGCGACCCUGAUGUGCGGUUUAACAAGGCUGCUAUCGAAGGACUUCUCGGGCACUUUGGCACCGCCGCCUGCGAUCUUCUCGCCGCCCACGAGGCAGAUCCACGUCGUCUCCCAGGCACUCUGCGAUUGUUAGAGGACCACAUCGCCAUCCUCCGCCGCGCACGCUCACGCAUCGACAGCGCACAGCAGACAGGCAAACGCGCUUUCGCAGCGCUGCUGGCAAAGCUGCCCACCCCAGCGGAAGGUGCAACCACAAGGAACCUCCUAGAGGGACAAACUAUGCCCACCUGUCGCAUUACAGUUGGUGUGGUGGAUGUUUUAAGCGAAUCUACAAUGGAACCAAUGGUAGUACUUGCAGCGGAAAAAAGUGGGGAGUUCGUUUUGUUACUCUUCUACGGUUUACAACGCAAUGCUAUUAAAAUUAAUGACACCAUUAUCACAUUGUCAUUUCCUGGUAGUACUGUUCUUCGCGUGCAACAUGAUGUUCCUGCCGUUCCUUUAUUGGAUAGCAGCUCUUUUGAAUCUACUUACACACAGGUCUUCGUUGAUCUAAAAACUACGCUUGUUAAUGGUUCACCCAUUCCAGCUCGUAUGCUCCUCCCUCCUAGGAUUUCAUCACGACUUUUUGUAUAA